AAAGAGACGACCAGGAGAAGGUCGACAAAUCGAGCCUAUCCACGGGUUGUUUUUUUUUUUGUUUUUUUCUCAGGGCGAGGCGACGGGGCUGAGGACCGUGGCGAACGUGGUUUGACUGCAGCAGAUCCAGGAAGAACCAGUUUGCUUUUCACUGCACACUCAUGACAAUGGACAUGAAAGGCGAACAGCAGGACGAAGACAGUUCUUUCAGCAACACCGACACUAAUGGUAAACGUCCUGCUGAGGACCUGGACGAGGAGCAGGCCUUCAAACGGUCACGCAACAUUGAUGAGAUGGUGGAGCUGCGCGUUCUGCUUCAGAGCAAAAAUGCAGGAGCUGUCAUUGGAAAAGGGGGCAAGAACAUAAAAGCGCUUCGCACAGACUACAAUGCCAGUGUUUCAGUCCCAGACAGCAGUGGCCCAGAGCGGAUCCUGAGUGUGAGCGCCAGCAUCGACACUAUCGGAGAUAUUCUCCUGAAAAUCAUACCAACAUUAGAGGAGUACCAACAUUACAGUGGGAUUGACUUUGACUGUGAGCUUCGCCUGCUGAUCCAUCAGAGCUUGGCUGGUGGCAUAAUUGGAGUGAAAGGUGCCAAGAUAAAGGAGCUGAGAGAGAACACUCAGACCACCAUCAAGUUGUUCCAGGAGUGCUGUCCACACUCCACAGACAGGGUCGUCUUAGUGGGAGGAAAACCAGAACGUGUGGUGGAAUGCAUAAAAGUAAUCCUGGAGCUCGUAUCAGAGGCACCAAUCAAAGGGCGCACUCAGCCGUACGACCCCAACUUCUACGAUGAGACUUACGACUAUGGCGGCUUCAACCUGUGCUUUGAGGAUAGGGGCAGACGACCCAUGGGGGGGUUUUCCAUUCGUGUGCGUGGCAGCUAUGACCGCAUGCCCCCUUUACGUGGCAGCAGGCCUUUGCCUCCCCCCAGAAGGGACUAUGAUGACAUGAGCCCCCGCCGAGGUCCACCGCCACCGCCGCUCAGCAGAGGAGGACGAUUAGGGAGCCGAGCGCGCAACCUGCCCCUUCCCCCACCCCCACCGCCAAGAGGAGGAGGAGACCGGUUUUCACAUGGCAGCUAUCAUGGCAGCAUGGAUGACAGACCAAGUGAAAGAAGAGGCAGAGGAGACCGCUAUGACAGCAUGAGUGGAGGCGGAUAUGACAACAAUUCUUCCUGGGAACGAUUUCCAUCUGGUGGCAGAGGGUCAUACAGUGACCUUGGAGGCCCGGUUAUCUCCACCCAAGUCACCAUCCCAAAAGAUCUGGCGGGCUCUAUCAUUGGGAAGGGCGGCCAGAGGAUCAAGCAGAUCCGCCAUGAGUCUGGGGCGUCCAUCAAGAUUGAUGAACCACUAGAGGGCUCUGAGGACCGCAUCAUCACCAUCACCGGGACACAGGACCAGAUCCAGAACGCCCAGUACUUACUGCAGAACAGUGUGAGGCAGUACUCUGGCCGGUUCUUCUAGAGGGAAGCGGAAGAGCGAGGGAAGCCAUGCUGCCAUACUGUUUGCUCGCAAUAUUCAGAGCCAACAUUCCUCCGCUUUGGGUAGACAUGUCUCUUCCCUUUAACCGUCUCCAGCUACACCGCCGACGUCUCCACCAUCUUUUAAUUUAGAGGCCUGAAAAAAAAAAAAAAUCUACGUUUCAGUGCUGGUGUAUAUUCUUUUAUUCUACCUAGGGGUGUGUAACCCAUCUGUGUGAUUAGGUUUGGUCUCGUCAGCCAGGUCUAGGCUUCAUCUUCGGUGGUUCAGUAAUGCAAGCAGAAUGUAUUCAUUUCUCUUCUUGUUGCUUUAAAGUUGUUUUUAUUACCUCCGUUGAAUUUUAAGCGCGUUCUCCUAACAAAAGACAAAUAGUUUUUGAAUUGUGGAAAAAGUUAAAUAACGUUUUGAUUUCUCCAUAUGCGAAGGUGCUCUUAUGUUGUGGGUUAUGAGGAGAACAUUUAUUUUGGAGCAGAGGAAAGCAAUAGUAAUCUGAAUUUAACAGAACAGAAGUUCAGUUUUAUAUUUUAUACUUUAUUUGGUACCAAGAGAAACUGGUUAACAGCGUGUUGGGCCUUCGUACUGGAUGAGCAUGGAUGUAAGACUGGGUCAGCCUUUGGCUUAAUAAAUCAGGUGACCGAUGAAACCCACACGGUUGGUUAUACAGCUGGGCACACACUAGGCAUGGCCUAGUAUGAGACUGUAUAAGUAUGAAUACUAGUCUGAAAAUUUCAUCAGCAUCAAGAUAUUUAGACAAAAAAAGAAAGCUCUUAUUGCUUUUAAUUAAAACAUAAACACAUUUUUUGUCCUACUUUUGGUAAAAAUAAAUAAUACAUUGGCUAACACAAUUAUGUUUUUUUUAUAAACAUAAUUAAAAUGCUUAAAAAUAUUGCUUCCAAAUUUUGUAAUUGUGACUACUGUUAUCUGAAAUAUUUGUAUGGGAGGGGCUGUGCUCCAUACAGCCAGAUAAGACCCCAGUCAUUCAGCUGUAGGAACAGGAUAAUGGAAAAUCUUAUAAACAGUUAUAAUAAAUGGUACCAGUCACCAACCCAUGGAUACCACACAUAAAAAAUAAAUAAACCAAUGAAACAUGUAAAAAUGACUGAUAUGUGAUUGGUCUGUUGCUGGGAGGGUUAAACCUGUUGCUGCCAUGACUUUUUUUUUAGCCAACAGUCUAGUCCAGUGCUUUUUGGUAAUAAAACCUUUUCCACACGUCUUCUGUAUAAAGGUGAAAUAAAUGUGCUAGACUGUUAAGGCAAAAAGGAGGGAAAAAAGUCUGUAAAUCUACAUUUAUUUCAAAGAGAAUUCUACAGUGUGUGUGUAUAUAUAUAUAUUUGUUUAAAACCUUUACGACUUUAAGUUUGACCCAAACUGUGUGAUACUUUCCUGAAAGAGAAAAGUGCCAAAAACACAGAUUUACAAAUUUUCUUCUUUUUUUUUUUUUUUAUGAUGGCCACUUUGUGCCAAACAUUAUAAACAAAGGAACCAUACCCUGAGAUCAUAUUGAUGCCAUUGAAAACACAGUGUUUUAAAAAAUAUAAUAAAUUUUAGAACAAAACUGGGGAAAAAUAUAUAUUCAAAAGAAGGCAUGCUUACGGAGGAACCUGGGCAGUUUGCUUAUUCGCCAUUUUGUACCAUUGCACUUUUGGUCGUUCUGUACCUGAGUUUCAGUUGUGAACUGUAGGACAUUUCAUACCAACCUCACCGAAGAUUUUUAUAGCCUACUCAGUUGACUGUGGUUUUAUGACUGCUUUAAAUAUAAUCUACCAGCAGGAGGGACCUUAAAUUAUUUAAACUUGAUGAGCGAUGAGAGCCUGUUAUAGUUCCUUAGUUCACUGGGGUUCCAGCCAAAAUAAGUGGAAAUGAGAUAACAUACAAAUUAAAGCAGAUUUGAUCAUUUUCAUGGCCACGAAUCUCUGUAAGUCAUAAAAAUACCUAACUGCAAGGAAAAACAAACACACCAAUGCUUGUGUAUGUGGGUAUGAAAUGUAAGAUGGGAUGAAAAGGCGCAAAAUUGGAGGUACAAACUGGUGAAGGGACAAAUUGAUCCAGGGCAGUUUGUGUAUAUAUAUAUAUCUAUAUAUUUAAAAAAAAAAAGUUUCCUGAAAAUGUUUUUUUGAUGCCGGAGUUAUAUUUUGAAUCUGUUCUACUGUAAAAUAUCUUCAGGAUCAACAACUUUUUCAUUAAUAUUGAGUCCGUUUUCUGCCACUAGCAGGGAGGGAUUUGCUGUAUUUUAGCCUCGGCAUCAUAUCUGUUCAUCCAGUUAAUUUUUUUUCAUUUUUGACAUAUGGAAAACCAAUUGCGUUUUUUUUUUUUUUUUUUUUUUUUGUUUUUUUUUGGAAAGCACUUCUCUAUGCGAGGCAGAUGCAGCUUUUCAAGUCCAGGAGAGAUGAAUUCUGUAUUUGCUCUCUAUUUGUAGUAACUGCAGGUGUUUAGUAAAUAAAGUCUGUGUCACAGCCCUGA